AUGGGUCGCAAGGAAGAGGAUGACAGCAGCUCCUGGAAGAAACAGACGAGCAACAUCCGAAAGACGUUCAUCUUCAUGGAGGCCCUGGGAUCAGGUGCCUUCUCAGAAGUUUUCCUAGUGAAGCAAAGAAGCACUGGCAAGCUCUUUGCUCUGAAAUGCAUCAAGAAGUCUCCCCUCACAAGGGACAGCAGCUUGGAGAAUGAAAUAGCAGUGCUGAAAAAAAUAAAGCACGAAAACAUCGUGACUUUAGAAGAUAUUUAUGAGAGCACGACCCACUUCUACCUGGUCAUGCAGCUGGUGUCUGGGGGAGAGCUGUUUGACCGCAUUUUGGAACGAGGAGUUUACACCGAGAAAGACGCGAGCGUGGUGAUCCACCAGGUGCUGACAGCAGUGAAGUACCUCCACGAGAACGGGAUAGUCCACCGGGACCUGAAGCCUGAAAACCUUCUCUACCUUACUCCCGAAGAGAACUCCAAAAUCAUGAUCACGGACUUCGGCUUGUCUAAAAUGGAGCAGAACGGCAUCAUGUCCACCGCCUGCGGGACCCCGGGAUACGUUGCCCCCGAAGUCCUUGCCCAGAAGCCAUACAGCAAAGCUGUGGACUGCUGGUCCAUCGGAGUCAUCACCUACAUCCUGCUGUGCGGGUACCCACCCUUCUACGAAGAGACCGAAUCCAAACUGUUUGAAAAGAUUAAGGAAGGCUACUUUGAGUUUGAGUCUCCGUUUUGGGACGAUAUCUCCGAGUCAGCCAAGGAUUUCAUCCGACAUUUACUGGAGAAAAACCCGAGCACGAGGUUCACCUGCGAAGAAGCCCUGCGGCACCCAUGGAUUAAUGGAAAUACAGCCCUUCACCGUGACAUAUACCCAUCUGUCAGCGCGCAGAUCCAGAAAAACUUUGCAAAGAGCAAAUGGAGGCAAGCCUUCAACGCUGCAGCCGUCGUGCACCACAUGAGGAAGCUGCACAUGAACGGCCAGGCAGCGGCGGGCAGCACCCUCCCCGUCAUCCACGUCUCGGAGGCAUCCAGACCCAACACCCCCGUGGCAGCCACGCGGCCAGCAACGCCAGCUGAAGACAAGGACACCUCGCUGCCCCCGGUCCCCACGCAGGGCUGUCCGAACCCUCCUGCUGCACUGGAGCGGGAUACGGGAAUGGGAGAGGGAAAGCUGGAAAGCCGCCCGGAGAACGGAGCACUGCCCAUGGGCAGCAGCCUGGUCCUGCCCGAUAACCACAGCCCGCCAAGCAGAACUUCUUGUGGCUGCGGUCCAGCCUGCGUGGGGCACGAGAAAACAAAGACGUCCUUCUUCUCCGAGACGGUGCUUCUGAAAAAAUCUGCAAAAUCCCAUCAUUUCAAAUCAGAAGUUCUUGUUCCAAUGAAAACCAGUAAACACUCUUCUCACUGUGGCACUGGGCAAACUGGAGUUUGUUUGAUCAUGUGA